AUGAAUGAAUCAAUUACAUUAGAUUCAUAUUGUAUUGAUUGGAUCAAUGGUAAAACAUUUUAUCCAAAUAAUGAUCCUGAUCAAUCAAAAUGUCAUAUAAAUAUUGGACUUUUCUAUAGUGAAGUAUUUGAAAAUAUUCAUACAAACAAAACGAUGAUCUGUUCAUCGAAUAAUCAAUUAUUUUUGAUUAUAUUAAAAUAUCUUCAAUGCAGAUCCAACGAAGAUUAUGGUGGUCGUUUAAUCAAUGGUAGUUGGACAGGAAUCUUACGACAAUUUGAACGAAAUGAAUCUGAUUUAAUUGGCCAUAUAUUUGCUAUGGUCAACGGUCGUGAACAAAUUAUUGAUCAAACUUAUCUGAUGCCAAACAAAGAAUUGAUUUCAAUUUUUAGUUUCACAAAAUUACCAAAAUUUCAUGAUAAUCCAUUUCGAAUAUUUGAAUGUUUUAGUUUACUCAUCUGGAUGUUGAUUGCAUUAUCUUUCUUGAUUCUUGGUGCAUUAAAUUGUUUUAUCAAUAUUCUAAAAAAUGGUCGAAAAUUAUGGUUUAUGAAUAUUAUCACAAAUUAUAUCAAUUUAUUUUCAUUAUUAAUUGGACAAUCUGAUCAUCGAUUAUUGUCAUCAUCAUCAAUGUCAUGUUCAUUAAUAUGUUGGCUUAUUGGAUCAUUUCUCCAAACAAUAUAA